AUGCCUGCUUCAGAAGACAAGAGCGACGAUGGUCCCCUCAGUACCCCCGACUUUGGCGAUGCGAUUGACUCAGUCACCUUCGGUCAGAUCCUGGAGAUGGAUGAGGAUGAAAAUGAUCGCGACUUCAGCCAGUCAAUCGUUUUUGGCUUCUUCGAGCAAGCAGAAGAGACCUUUGAGCAGAUGGACGAGGCCUUCCCUCUUUCCCCCUUCACCCCUGGAGUAUCCUCCGUAGCAGAUAGAAACUCAUUUUCUGGUGGCCUGGAGAAGGAUCUCGAGAAGCUGUCAUCGCUCGGCCACUUCCUCAAAGGCUCUUCAGCCACGUUGGGACUCGUCAAGGUUAGAGACAGCUGCGAAAAGAUUCAACGUUACGGCAAGAAGGAGAACGAGGAUGGAACCCCUGAGACGGACGAGAAGCUGUGCUUGGAGCGAAUUGAGAAGACGCUCAAGGACCUCAAGACGGAGUACGAGGACGCCGAGAAGCUUUUGAAGAAGUUCUUCGGCACCGAAGAAGAAGAAGAAGAAGACUAA